GAUAUCCCGGCGUUCUCCGCACAGCACCUUCCUUUUCCGGUGGUGGGGCUGGCGGUGGAGUCGCCGACGGGAGGUCAUUUGAGCCAUGGCCAAGUCCAAGAAUCACACCAAUCACAAUCAGUCCCGCAAGUGGCACAGAAAUGGGAUCAAGAAGCCCAAGUCUUAUCGAUUUGAACCCCUAAAAGGAGUUGAUCCCAAGUUCCUAAGGAAUAUGCGGUUUGCCAAGAAGCACAACAAGAAAGGACACAAGAAAAUAGAGGGCAAAAAAUAAAUUGGAAAUCCCUGAGAACAGGACCAGCAGUUCACAAGCCAACAUCUGCAGCCCUGAGAUGGCAGCCAAGUGAAAUGUGUAGUUUGAAUUGUUCAUUUUUAAUAAAAUCAAAGUGUCGAGAA